AUGGAAUCACACCCUUUUAAAUGUAAAAUACAAUUUAUAAUCCUCACUGUACUAUAUUUGUCACGAGUUCCUGCAAUUGGCAUGUGGAAGACCACGGAUAGGAACGUUUUAGACACUUUUCAACAACAUUUAUGGAAAAGUCCACAAAAUAAACAACAACAGGCGUUUAUUUAUAGGCCACUUAGUGGAAGUUUCAAGAUUCAAACCAUGGUUUCUAGGGAUUUGAAAAAAAGCCAGAAAAACUUAAUAACUUUGAGAAAACCUAUAAAAUUAUAUUCAGUUGGACAAAAAUCUACAAAUCUAAGUGUAAAAGAUAAUAAACAAACACUGAGGAAUAGAUUAUCCUCAGGUAACACAAUCUUAAAUAAACUAUCGCCAAAAAAUGUAUUUAGAACAUAUUCAAGUUCAUCUGUAGAAACCAAAAAUGAUUCAACCCUAGACUAUGAACUUGAAACUCUACACUACCCAGAUUUAAAAUUUAAUUUGGUUUUGAAGAAAGCAGAAAAAAUCAUAUUUGAAAAUUUGAAGGACAAGGACUUGAAAAAUCAGUUAUCGGCCUUAAACGCUAUAAAUAUGUUUGUGCGUACCUGUAAUUUUGUGGAUCGUUUUAUAAAAGGAGGACUUUUAUCAACUCUGUUAGAUGUGCUUGAGAAACCUUACCAAAAAAGUAUAUGGAAGUUAGUUAACACAUACAUAUGGCCAAAUAAGCCUUUGCAAACACCAGAACUACUUUCAAUACAGGAAUUGGUGCUGAAAAUUCUUAUUUCGUUGUCAAAAUUUUCAGACAAGCUGAGGAACGAAAUGGUCAAGAACGAGUCACUUAAGAAAACACUCCUGAAAAUAUAUUGUAUAUAUAACCAACUUCAAUCUCAGGAAUCUGGAAAGGAGUUGAAGGAUGUUGUAAAUACAAGGUCUAAAGUCGACUUUAAGAGUUUAUUAGAUGAACUUUUCUUAUCUCUGGGCUACAAGGUAGAUGAAAAGAUUACACUAGUGUCACCAAAAGUUAAGGAACCUGACUCAAAGGAAGAGAGCUGGACUUGGGAAAAAAUGUUUUCAUUCUCGUCCAGUGAGGAUAAUGGCUCAAACAUAUCAAUUGAAAGCUAUUUAAUCCCAGUAAAACAUACUAACAAGGUUGUUAAACAGGAUAAAAACACACAACUUCUAUGGAUUCCCUACUACUACUCAUCACUGGACCCAAAAGAGUCUUUGUUGAGGAAUUUGAGGAUCAAUCUGGGUCACUUCAAUAACAUUUCAGGCUUGGAUGAUUUGUCUAAAUUCACCCUCAAAUCUUCCAAAAUUUCAUCUAAAACACCCUAUCAGCUGGGAUUAUUAGCAAUUAACCUUUCAGCUACUGAUAAUUCCAAAGUUGAACCAGAAGGUGAAGUUCAGAUGGAGAUAAUGUGUAAUAUAAACAUGGAGCCGCACCAUGAGUUCAGUUUGGCCACUGUCACAACUAGGCUUUUGGAUAUCAUGAAGGUAACAACUGACUUCAGAGUUCUAAAUGAUAUAUUCACAGAGUUAUGGACACUUUUGGCUCUUAAGUCUGAUGAAGUAAUGGAAACCCUUGACAGAGGUUUAAAUCUUGAUUUGCUGGCCGACAUUGUAAAUUACUCCUGUUUUGAGUUUGACGAUGAAAAUUUAUUAACCAAGCCGUAUUUUCCAACAGGUUUAACAAGUAAAAUUGGCUUGAACGAGAAGGUCUCGAACAUUUUUGACAGGCUGACGUCACUUAAAAAUAUGCUCAAGGAUCAUUUUGUCAACUCACCCAAAGGAUCAAUUCCAAAUUUACUUUAUAACUUUCUUUAUCCACCCACCCCUGAAUCUAAUAACAUAAGUGUGGAUUUAGACUACAUUAACACGAGAAUAGACCGUACUAAAAGUGAAAGAAUAGAAAGAUUUAGUCAAAAUGAUCCAGAAGACGCUAAGGUACUUCAGAUGACACUUUUAGGUUUCUUGGUAGAUCUUAUUUAUUUGGAUGGAAAUAGAAGUUUUACCAAGAUUAGAGACCAUAAUAGGUUUAUAGACUCGGUAAAACGAGUUAGAAGUAUUGUGAAACCUCCUAUUAAAUUGGAAAAUAUAAGUGAAGAUGAAAGACAUAAAUACAGGCCAUUGAUAGAUAAACGGUUGGUUCUAAAAACUAUAGCCACAAAUGUAGUAAACCAGGAAAAUUUAAAUCUAGAUUAUUCUUUAUUUAAUACAUACAAGGGUUUAUCUUUGAAUGGGAUAGACUUUUUGAACUUGAGAAUGACUUCUUGGAAGACCCAAAAGCACUGUUUGAACGAGGACAUGGGAAGGACUUUUAACUCAAACAAGCUAUUAAAUAUUCUAGGAUACCAUGAACAGAAAACUUUUGAAAAUAGAGGAGUUAGGAUACUUUCUAUAGACGGAGGCGGUUCUAAGGGUGUAGUUGCUCUUGAAAUUUUGGACUAUUUAAACAAACAGCUUGAGAAACCGUUACAUGAGUGUUUUGAUAUAAUUUGUGGAACAUCGACUGGAGGUCUUCUUGCAUCACUAGUGGCAUUGGAGAAAAUGGAGAUUUCAGAAAUUCAGAAACUUUAUGACUCUAUGAUCAAGAGUAUUUUUGUCCGUGAUUAUUAUCCUAUCACUGGAACAAGGUUACUUUUUAGGCAUGCAAUUUAUGACGAUACUACUUUGAAGGAUAUUCUAAAGACUUCUUUGGAGGAGAUUGAACUUAUAGAUUAUUCAGUUGACUCUACUUGUCCCAAGUUUUUCUGUGUAUCAACUCAGAUGGAUGUUACCCCUUUGAGGCCAAUAAUAUGGCGUAAUUACAACUAUCACAAAGAUAUUUAUUCUUUGGGCUCUAAGGAUCUCACAAUUGAAGACUUAAAUAAGUUAAUUGAGAUCAUAGGUGGUAGUUGUACCAUUAGGUUAAGGGACGCUAUAAAGGCAACCACUUCAGCUUUGGGUUACUUUCCACUCUUUGAACGUAAUGGUCACCUUUAUGGUGACGGUGCUCUUUACUGCAACAAUCCUUCUGUAGUUGCACUCAUAGAAUCAAAAUUACUUUAUCCUGACACACCUGUAGAAUUACUGGUAAGCGUUGGCAAUGGAUUAUCUCAAUUUAAUCCAAAUGGCUCUAAUGAUCCUGGUAAUUGUCAAAGUGACGAUGUCACCAAUUUGGUAAAGUUAUACGAAAAUUUCAUGGAUCAUGGAACUUCCAAUAUCAAGAAGGAGAAUAAAAACCUUAGUAUUGAUCAGUUGAUUACUCACUUAAGUUAUGCCGUUACUACUUCUGAAAUGACUCAUUCUGCUCUAGAAUUUACUAUGCCAAGGGAUGUCUACUAUAGGCUAACUCCCAUAAUUUUGAAUGCCAAAAUUGACGAGACAAACCCGGAAGUACUAAAUAAAAUAAAGGACCAAACUAAGCAGUAUUUAAAGCUAUCACACAUACAAGACAAGUUCAACUCGAUUAAAAACAUUAUUAACACCUAG